AUGUCAAUGAAAUAGAACUUCCUGGUGUUGGAUCGUUGCAAAACUGACAACACGUCCCGGACAGUGUGGUGUAAGAGAGGACAUUCAUCGAGGAAACCCUGGAUAACGCAGCUUUAUGAGAAGUGAGUCACUUAAUUUGGAGUUUGCUUUGAUCGGUAACGUUUUGUUUUCUCCAGGGAUAACUAAUUAUUCUUUAAGGGUACAUGUUUGUGUCUUUAGCUAGCUCUCGGUGCUGCAGUUACGCUGGAGUUACACAACCUGGUUAAACACAACAGUGGUACAAAUUAUUCUGUUACAUUAGCUCACAACGUGUUUUAUCAUCUUGUAUGUGUUAGUAAAUUUUUUCUUAAUUCGUUUCUGUUUAAUUGUAGGUCCAUGAGGUGCUGUUGCGCUCCACACGUGUUUAUCACAUUUUAGCAUAACUUCAGAAAUAAGGAGUCUGUCAGUCUCAAGGUUAAACACACAAACAUGAUCAAUAUGUCAGUAUUAAACAAUCAGCCCUAAUAUAAACACGUGUUCGGAUUAAAAAGAAUAGUCCUUUAUAGUUUGAAGAGUGGUGGGUGUGUCGAGAACUUUUUGUCCUUUCUUCUGUAAUUCUUUUUUCUCAUUUAAGGACAACUGAUUAAUCACUUUGUUGAGCAAUCCUAUCGGUAAACCGGCCAGUAUUAUUGUCAGUGAAAAACCGAUCGGUAUUACCUGAUCAGGAAAAUCAAACAAAUAAGGUCAGUAGUCCUGCCAAUCGGUACCGUUACCUGUAGAUAUAGUACAUGCUCAGCUUGAUAAGUCAACGUGUACUGCUGUUCUUGUGUCAGUUCACAAACACCAUCAAAAGUGGAUAUGUUGGCAAAAGUUUACCCAACUCUGCGAUGACGGGUGGCAAGAGCCCAAUUUCCAGCUUGGCCAAUGAGUUGUACAUGGAGUGAUGAGGGUAACUGGACAAUACAAUACAAUACUGAACGCUGACCAUACAACCCCAGAUCUCCAUGGUGCUGUUUAUAGAUACCAUACAUUAUCAGCAGAAUAUAGGCAUAACUGCACAAGAGAGUCCUCUCUUAGUUUGAACUGAACAACAAAGAGUCUCUGGAUAACAUUUGUCUCAUUGUCUCUAUAACUGUAUCAGUAUCAUAUAUCAACCAUUGUCUAAUCUGCUCUCUGUUUACUGGCAUCAGCUAUUGAAAAAAGGAAUAUUUGUUCUUAUCAUCUUCCACCCUGUAUUUUAACCCCUACUCUCUCGCCUCCUCUCUGCAUGUAGUGAUGCUCUCAGAGGUCCUCCAGGUGCUCCGUGGGGCAGGUAAGGUGGGGUCUGCCAUGGUCACCACUCAGGGAGAACAGCUGAGGUUAAUGGCCUGCAACUCCUCCCUGGGAGCAGGAGUCAAGGCGGCUCAGGAUGUGGUGGAAGGACUGGUCGGCACUUUUAUGGGCGGCAGUACGGUACGAACUUCUACUUUAUUUCAUGUUGUCUGCACACUAAAUGAUGAUUGAAAUGUUCAAACUGAAGAUGUUAGGGUGAAUCAUUUACAAAAACUAACCAUUAACCUAAUCAUUAACUACUCAACUUGCGUGAAUUCAGUGUAUUUUAGAAUUUGAUAGUAUGGGAUGCAAUAUAGUAUCAUUUUAGUCAAACUGUUUCCCUAAUUCUGUGUCUUUAGCAACAGUCAAUAAAGGAGGAUGUGUUCCCGGAUGCAGAGGGUUGGGAGAACAUGGAUCCAGAUGAAGCAGCUAAAUGGUCUAUGGGGUCUGAGUUCCCCCCUGAUACUGAAGCUGCAGCUGAAAUGCCACCAGGUAUAGUCAAUCAGGGACAGGCGUCUUGUGUGAAAGUGUUUGUCCUUUUACAGAAUCUGGAGACCUUGUGAUUAGAAAAUCUUCACUGUGUCUUCUUUUUCCCACAGGAGGAGGAUUUCCUCCUUCAGGGUCAGGGUCUGCAGGAGCAGGUUGGCCUGGACAGAGUGCACGCUUCCUCCACACAUCCCCUAGCAUUCACAGAUACUACUGCCAGACCAGGUCUCUGCACGACACAGUGGUGGCCAGACUCACCCCAGAGGACAUCAAGAAAGCCAGGGAGGCAAAGCAGUCUCUGGCCAAACCUGUCAGACAGAAGGUUGGUUUGAAAACUUGCUUAGAGCUUUAAGUAUACACAUACAGUACAGUUUAUUUAUACAGCACAGCUUGAAAAUGAACACAGUUGACCUCAGGGCUGCACAGUUAAGUAUAAGAAAAGCAGACACAGUAAAACAAAGCUAAAUAAGAAACACAAUAGCAUGGGAUGGGGGACUUUCUCCCCCCCUAAAACCAACAGGAUCCAUGUGCACCACAUUCAGUCGGUGGUGCACACUCUACAGCUGAUAUAUGUCUGUUCUAGUCAAUGCUUGUGGUUCCACAGGAUGCAGUGCAGUGUCUUUUCACUCCAUUCCAGAAGUAUCACAGCAUGCAUGAUUUAUGGUUUAGAAUAUAAAGCUUUGAAUGGACAAUUUAUCAUACAUAUACAGAAAUAAGUUGUACUUCCACACUCUUAAUAAUGUUAAGUGUUUUUAUUAAGGGCUUUAGAAGAUUUCAUCUCUACAUGCAUAUGUUGAGCAAGUAUACAUCCGUAUAUUUACUAACAUUGUAAUGAAUAGUGAUAACUACAGGAAAUUAAUAACAGACAGAGGCUGAGACUUAAGUUUUUGUUGACUCAUGUUAUGUAAUAUGUGUUACAGGGUAACUGCCUAGAGUAUUCAGCUCUGUUCAUGUUUUACCAUAAAUCACAGGUUAGAGUCAACAUAAAAGUGAUUUUAUUUCUCCAUCAGCUGAGUGACCGUGCCAGAGAGAGGAAGGUACCUGCGACCAGAAUAAGCAGACUGGUUAACUUUGGAGGUAAGAGUGAUCAACUUUAUUUCACUUCUUUUUUCUAUUUAUGUGCAGAUUUUCAUCAGACAAGGCAUUUUUUCCCACCUAUCCUCUCACUGGGAAAGACUUGUUGAAUCUUUUCAUGAUAUAUUAGAUGCUCCUUUCUUUUCCUACUAGUAGCAAUAGCAGCAGCUGUGUCAGAUCAGCGCCCCCCUGAAGCAUCUACUAAGUGUCUCUAAAUUUAAAACCACUUGUCUCUGUGUCUGUCUGCUGCAGGUCUGGCCGUAGGUCUCGGGAUUGGUGCCAUCGCAGAAGUGGCGAAACAGUCACUGGGAGGCAAACAGAAAGGAGGUACAAUAAUCUACAUCACGUGUCUUCUCUUUUAUCCUGUUUAAGUGUUUUUUAGUGGAUCCAGCUCACAGAUGGAGAGCAGAGCAGCCCUGUGUCAGCGUCUGCCAAGCACAGGACAGGCUUUAAAUCAAACCUGUUCACAAGAGCUCACACACAGGCCCAAAAAUGUGUUAAACAGAGUGUUUCAUGUUGAACUACUGUCCCAGUUUUUCACUAGUAAAGGAAACAACCAUUUAGACACAUGUUAAUGCUAUUUUACCUCAAUUGGUGUGCUUAAUAUCUCUUUAAUUAAUCCGUCUGUGUGAUUGUAUGUGUUUUGUGUUUUGCAGACAUGAAUGCCCUGUUAGACUCUCCUCUUCUGUCUGAGGCUAACGCUGAGCGGAUCGUCAACACACUCUGUAAAGUCCGUGGAGCCGCGCUCAAGAUAGGACAGAUGCUCAGCAUUCAAGGUACACUCAGUUAAGACCUCCAAGAAAUCAGGUUGAUCCUUACAUCUCAUUUGUCUGCAAGCAACCAAAAGUUUGGCUAAAUUUCAUGAAAAGGAAUUUGAAGCUCUGCACUGUUUCCAAUGUGCUGCAGUUUCAUGUUCACUCAAAAAAACAAAACAAAAAAAACAACACAGCUGACUGUUAGAUAAAAUCCGACUGUGAAUGAGUCCUGGGGUGCUUUCUUACUUUUGGACAGGUCGGUUAGUAAGAAUUAAAAUUUCUGUUAAACCUACACGAAAAUUUGCCACUUCACCACUUCUCUCAUCCUCACUGUCACUGAAGAUUUUUAUGUACCAAACCAAGUACUGAGUUGUGCCACAUCCAGAAAUACUCAGAUGACACCGCUAUUGUGGCAUGUAUCAGAAAUGGACAAGAAGCUGAAUACAGAGAUCUAAUAAGAGCCUUCAGUGACUGGAGUCACAAAAACUGCCUCCUCCUCAACACUCAAAGACAAAGGAGAUGGUCAUAGACUUCUGUAGAUCCAAACCCCCUCUUCAGCCUGUGGACACCUGUGGAGUGGACAUCGAAGUGGUGACAUCAUAUAAAUACCUAGGUGUACAUCUGGAUAAUAAGUUGUACUGGUCUAAGAAUAUAGACUACAUCUACAGAAAGGGGCAGAGCCGCCUCUUUUGCCUGAGAAGACUCCGAUCAAUAGACAUCUGUAGUAAGAUGCUGCAGAUGUUUUAUCAGCCUGUGGUAUCUACAGUGUUCUGUUCUACGCUGCAGUCUGCUGGGGAGGAAGCAUCAAACACAAAGAUGCAAAACGUCUUAACAAACUGGUGAAAAAGGCUGGCUCUGUGGUAGGACUCAAGCUGGACUCAGUGGAGGAUGUGGUGGAGAGGUCUACACUGAGGAAGGUGGAGUCUAUUCUAAAGAACAUGGAUAACCCACUUCACAACAUCUUAAUGGACCAAAUGGCCAAUGGUGGUGGACGGCUCCUCUCUCUUCGCUGCAGGACAGAAAGAUUUAGAAGAUCUUUUGUACCAACAGCCAUCAGGCUUUAUAACUUUUAUGUAAACAAUAGAUAACUUUUAUAGACACAUUAUGUGAGACAACAGACAAUUAAAUUUCCCUUCGGGGAUAAAUAAAGUCCUUAUUUUUAUUAUUCUUAUUCUUAAGUAUGACUCUCUCCUUUUUUCCUUCAGACAACUCUUUCAUCAACCCCCAGCUGCAGAGGAUCUUUGAGAGGGUCCGGCAGAGCGCAGACUUCAUGCCUACCUGGCAGAUGAAUGUAAGCAUGAACUUGCUUUGAGAUUCGAAGUAGAUGGUGUGAAAAACCUGAAGCAAUAGUGUAGCUGUGUAUGUUUGGAGCACAAUGCAGUUUGGCCGUGUCUUUGUAUUGAGCUGCCAUUUUAUUGGUUUCAAACUGCUUUGACUGUGUAGAAAGUUCUGGAAGAAGAGCUCGGACCAGGCUGGCGAGAGAAACUUUCAUCCUUUGAGGACAAACCGUUCGCUGCAGCGUCCAUCGGCCAGGUGCAUCAUGGGGUAUUAAAAGACGGGAGAGAAAUCGCCAUGAAGAUCCAGGUAUUUAAGCACAUGCUAUUUCUACCUUCCCAGUGACCUCUCUCUAUUCCUGCUGCAUUGAUUCUGUCUGCUAUUUCCUCAGUAUCCCGGAGUGGCAGAGAGCAUUCACAGUGACAUAAAUAACCUGAUGUCUGUUCUGAAAAUGAGCGUGGUCCUGCCAGAAGGUAACAGCUGCAUCAAUAGACCUUUUUUUUCUUUCGUUUUUCUGUUCAUUGAAAGCUGCUAAUAAUAACUAAAUACAUCCACUUUUGUCAGGUCAAUGAAUACUAUUCAUGAAAGGCUCUAGCAGUUUUUAAUUUCUUGUCUGGGAGGUCAAAAAGGGAAUUAAUUGCUCACAUAUCUGAAAAUAUCUCAUAUUAAAGUGAAUCAUCAGAAGAUGGCAUUGAAAGUCCUACCAUUUAACAACUUAAUGUCGCACAUCCUGAACAUCAACGCAACAUUUACAAUCACAAUAUCUAAGAGGUUCUGAAAAUUUGAAGGUUUGUUAAUCAUGUCAGCCCUAAAAAGUGUGAAGACAGCAUUUAUAAUGUUUUAUAUAUAUAUAUUUUUAUGUUUAAAAAAAAAAAGUAAAUGCUCAUUUUUGAAUCUGGUGCCAGCAAUUAAAAAAAAAGAGUUACAAGGUCAUGUUCCCCAUUUUGUGUUAUCAGCUCUCCUUUUCCUAACACUCAAUAAACUUUAGUGAACUCAGCAGACCAGUUUCUGGAGUUUGGGAAGUAAAAUAUUGUCCAAUUCUUGACUGAUGAAGGGUUUCAGUUGCCCAACAGUUCAGGGUCUCCUUUGUUUUCAGUUGGUGUCAAGUCAGGACUGCAGUCAAGCCAGUUUACCCACAGGACUCUUCUACUACAGAGCCAUGCUGUUGUAAUCCCUGAAUAUGGUUUGUCAUCGUCUUGCUGAAAGAUGAAGGUCUUCCCUGAAAAAGUCUUUGUCUGGAUGUCAGCAGAUGUUUCUCCUAAACCUCUAGAUAUUGUUUAGCACUAAUGGGGCCCUCACAGAUGUGGAAGAUACCCAUGACAUGGGCUCUGAUGAUCCCCAUACCAUCAGGGAUGCUGGCUGUGAACUGGAGCUGAUAACAAGCAGAGUGGUCCCUCUCCUCUUUUAAAGCAGAGAACGUAGCAUCCAUAAUUUGCAAAAGCACAGUCAUGUUUUCUGAACAUUUUACAUAGCAUCUGAACUUUUUUGGUAUUGGGGUUGAAAUAUGCCCGUCUUUGGAGUCCACUGAUUUUCUCCAGUCUAGGCACAACACUAGUUUUUGUGAUGAAAAAGGACUUAGUACCUUUUUUUUUCCCAGUUACUGCAGUCUGGCCUCCUAUGCUGUAAGGUGACAGGAGCUUCUCAUACUCUUCAAACUCACUAUUACAGUUUUGACCAGGGGGUGGUGCUGUAGUUACAGGUUAUAACCAAUGACUCAGGUGAAAUUACAAUUGUGCAUCUUCUUUCAAAGACGCAACAACAGGCAUAGAAACAGGAACUACUAAUUGAAGGUUACACUCUGUGAUGUCUGCUGUUAGUGUCUAAAACUCAUCAUGAAAAGCUUUCUGAAACAGUCUGUACUUUGUUGCAUGUGAUGUUAAUUUAUCCUCUUUGUUUUUCUGCAGGUCUAUUCGCAGACAGCAGCCUUGAGGUUCUUCAGAGGGAGCUUGCAUGGGAGUGUGACUACAAGAGGGAAGCAGAGUGUGCCAAGAAGUUCAGGUGGGUUUAAGAGGCAUCUUAAAGCCUCCUAAGCUGAAGCGGUAUUAUCUAGGUCUGUGUGCAGUUUUUCUUAAUGACAGAUUACAUUUAUUUCACUUACUCUACUCAAAUAAAGUUAUUACUAUUAUUAUUAUUGUUAUUAUUAUCAUGCAAAAACACUUGUCUUGACUUUUGUGUCUUUGUCUCACUAUCACGAUGACCUGUAUGUGUCUUCCAGGUCUCUGCUGGAGGGAGAUGAGUAUUUCCAGGUCCCUGAGGUGAUCGAUGAGCUGUCAGGUCGCAGGGUCCUAGCCAUGGAUCUAGUGCAGGGAGUCCCUCUGGACCGCUGUGUAGAUCUGGACCAGGAGACCAGAAACCAGGUGUGGGUUUGUUGGCUCAGCAGGGACAUGGAUCUCUCUGUGAUGGAAUAUUCUGAAUAUUACUGCAUUGUGAGGGAUGCACUGAAGAGAAGUUCAAGAAGGGGAUUUGGUUAAACCUCCUGGAGUUUGAGACUUUAAAGAAAAUUUUGCAAAAGCAGAAGUAUUUCAGAAUAUUUAAUCUAUGAAGUGAUGUUCCCAGUCUAGUUUUCUGUACACCAGAGCAACCAAAUCCCAGGAAUUAAUAAUCAGAUUAUAAUAGAUAAAGUGCUGAUACCAAUUAGUGUAUUUACUUGAAGGAAAGCUCAUGGGUGUAAACAAGGGGGUUAUAAUGAGAACACUGCAGAGGAUAAAAAUAAUGCUCAAAAGAUCUAACCCAGUAUGGUCUAAUUUAGGAGCCAAUUAGAGCACAAAUGGUGCAAAAACAGUCCUCCUCAAGCUCCUCGAAUAGCUUACUUGCUUGAAAAUUAGACAGUAGAUCCACAAACAUGGCGUGAAAAUGACUGUAGCUAUGUAAUUUAAACCAUAAAAUAUGUAUCUCUAUUGUAAGUUCGCACCUGCGAAGCGAGUGUGUGUGCAGCUGUGCAUACUGUAGCAGCGUAAACACAAACUUCUUUUUGCCUCCAGAUCUGUUUCAACAUCCUCCAGCUGUGUCUCAGGGAGCUGUUUGAGUUCAGGUUCAUGCAGACAGAUCCAAACUGGGCCAACUUCUUCUACAACUCAGACACCAACAAGGUAAGGAGAGACUGGUCGUAAAGGUUUUUAUGAAUUACCCGACAAAGAAAGGAAUUUCUGGUUAGACAAGUAUAUGUAACCUCCAAAAGCAAAAACCUGAAAUGCUGCAGAUGUCUAACAGUUUCAUGUUGUCUGCAGGUCAUUCUGUUGGACUUUGGUGCUUGCAGAAGCUACCCAGAAUCCUUCACAGAUGACUACAUACAGGUAUGUUGAAUCUAAAACCUUCCUGCACCAGACAGAGAAUCUCACAACAUGAUUUAUACAGGAUCCUUGUUAAUAAAACAUGACAGUUUUAGUCUGGAUUGUGUACCAGCUGAGUGAAAACAGUCACAACCGUUUGAACACUUCUCCUUACUUGCAGCUGCUUCGGUCUGGUGCUGCUUUAAAGUGGAUCUCUCAAAAUAAACCACAUCCAUAUCAUCUCUUUGUUGCCUCUCAGGUGGUGCAUGCAGCCUCUGUGGGCGAUCGAGCUACUGUUCUCUCCAAAUCUAAGGACCUGAAAUUUCUGACAGGCUUCGAGGCCAAGGUGAGGUAUUUUAGUCUGUGCCACUGAUCUCAUUUAUUUUUAAUAUGGUUUAUCCCCCUCUUUCUCUCCAUUUUCAUCAAAUUAAUGUCUCCUCUUACCUCAGUGUCACUCCUCAAGUUUGAUCAAUGUUUUUCCAUUUGUAUUUAGUAUCAUUUUUACGUAAUUAUGAGUGAAUUUAGAUGGAGGUUUUGCAGAAACAACUUAAAGAAUGACUGGAUACACUUUUGAUGAUUCCUCAAGCUGUGUAGUUAAUUGUGCAUAUGCAUAAAGACCAUUAGCAAUAAAAUCAUUGUGUUUCAUGCAAAAAUAUCUUAUUUAAAGGAGCAAUGCAUACAUUAUACCUGUUAGAUGUAGGUCUGGGUAUGACAACUAAGCUUUCACACCAUUUUGAAGCAGUGGGAUCAGCAGGCUCUGAGUGCAUCCUAUGUACAUUGUCUGAUACCAGCCUGCGUCUCCCUUUCCACAUGCCACUCCCCACUUUUUCCUUUCUCUUUCCUCUCUAAAGAAGGCCAAAAAUCCUAAAAAUGAACUUUAAAAAUAACUUAAAUUUCAUGUUGUUUGGCUCACAUGAGACAUAAACCGCUACAGUUUAUAUAUCUUGAAAAGGUGAAACCUCUCCACUGUCCCUGCCAGGCUUUCGCAGAUGCCCAUGUGGAGGCGGUGAUGAUCCUUGGUGAAGCCUUUGCAUCAUCUGAGCCUUUUGACUUCGGCACACAGAGCACCACCCAGCGUAUCCAGAGCCUCAUCCCCGUCAUGCUCCGCCAUCGUCUUACCCCUCCACCUGAGGAGACAUACUCCCUCCACCGCAAGAUGGCCGGUUCCUUCCUCAUCUGCUCCAAACUGAACGCUCGCAUUGCCUGUAAGGACAUGUUCCUGGACGUGUAUAACGCCUAUGCGAGGCGGAAGGCAGAGCCAGCGGCACAGGCUGCCAUUUAGACGCAGACAGGUGACAUAUGAUAAUCCCUGCUGCAAAUGACUUUUACAGAGCAGUCGGAGAGAAAAGGGAGUGAAAUCAUGUAGCUCUUGAUGUGAGGCGGAAGAAAUGGAUCACAGAAGACUCAAGACCAUGUCUGUAUAAAACUGACUGUGUGAGCCAGGCUUCAGUCUCUCUGAGCAGGUCUCUUUACACUCACUUGUACCCACAAACAUGAGUGCUUCUCCAGCUAUCACCUGGUUUCUGGUUACUUUGUAAAUGAUGGUCAAAAUUGUGCCAUAAAAGAUAUAAGGUAUGCCUGAAUGGUGAUAGUAAUGAUUAAAUAUAUAGAAUAAGUGAAGAGAUAACUAUUUAAUUGAUUGUGAAUACUUGUUGGUGUGGUGGAUCAUAUGUGCUCUUCAAUUGUCUCCCUCUGUCACAACGAAACAAGAAAACACUGACCUCCAUCCAGCUUCUUACUCUGCCUGCAGUUUCCCCAAAGACUUCUGUACUGUGUGCUUCCUUUGUGCUCUGGCUAAAAUGACUUGAUUUAAAUUUUGGUAACACUUCAUCUGAUGGUACACAUUUAACACUUAACCUAUUGCUCAUUAGCAUGCAUAUUGGCAGCAAAUUAAUUAAGAAUUAAUGGCAUUACCCUGCGUGACUGUGUUCUGUAAUUAUAAUUACUACACUAGCUAGUGAGUUAUAAUCUGAACAUGCUUUACUCAGUAUAGUACAUCAUAAAAUGCACAGUGCAUACUGAGUGAAGUGUUUCUUAUCAGAAUUAAUCAGGGAUGGGAUUCUUUCACAUUUUCUGUCCCAAAGAAGUGACCCUUAAAUCACAGGGGAGACCGGGUUGAAGUUAGUAGUAACAAGUAAAGCUGGUAGUUUUGAUUUUUGAGCCUAUCAGCUAGAUAGUUAAUACUACCCGGUGGCUAGCACAGAAUCUUUGUCAAGAGUCCAGGUGGGAAAAGUUGUCACACACUAGUUGGAAAAAGAUGAAUAUAAUUCAUGGCUACAGUAAAAGUUGUCUUCAAUAUUUUUGUUAAAAUACCAAAACACAUUUACAAUCUUUAACCUUUUUUUUUCACACUCACACAGGAAAAAUGUUAAGUAGAUGUAGAAAUACUUUAUUUUACAAUAUUAACGUUUUUGCAACAGCAAAUAGCGUUGUGUUACAACCAUACCGGUCUCCCUUACAUAAAGAUAUGUUUUGAAUGAAGUGGGUUAUAAACUGUUCCGUUAUAUAUGGAGGAUUUCAUGACAGCUACCAGCCAAAUUUGAUGAUUAAUGAUUAGUUAUUCCCAAGAAUUAAUAUCAAUCUUCAUGAUGAGCAUAAACGCAGCCUGUCGGGCUAACUGUAUUAGCUGUUAGUGUUUCAUAGCAGCUUAUUUUUACGUGUCUAUAUGAGAACCAACCUUGUAAACAGCUUUAAUGUGACUGAAGUUCAUAACAUAGCGAAUAAAUACACUCUAGUUAAUUAGUGAAUUUAACUUCCACAGGCAGCAGCUAAACAUCCCAGUUUUUAUAGUAAGGUUACAGGAUGUUCAAUUUUCCUAUCAAUAUGGGUCAUUAAAUUGAUUCAUAUUUGCAUUACAAUCAUCAUUAAUUAUCAGUGAGUUUACGUUUGUGUGGUUUUGUGAUUAAAGGUAAUCAUAGGCUAAAUUUAGGGAGUAUUUAUGCAUUUUUACCCAACCCUAAUCACAUCUCUGAUUAAUAUAGUCUCCAAAAGCUUUCUUUCUUUAUAUAAGCAAUGGUUAUGAGGUGUAAAGGUGAAUCUUGAUGUAUGCAUUAUGGUGUCAAUACAGUCAAUAGUACAACAGAAAAGGAAGAAGAGCUUUUUUGAAGACACAGAGCCAAAUGUUGUUAAUGUGAAUGCAAAUAAGCAGCUGGUUAACAGUGACCAUGUGUACCAUGUAGAGUAUGACACACUCUGACAGCAAGGCCUUCCAUUUUUCCCAGAGAAUUGACAUUUUCUGCCUUAAGGACCCAUAAAAAGUCCUGCUUUACCUGUCUGGUGUUGCCAGGUGCUUUUUUCUGUUUGGAUAAGUCAGUGUGCUACAGGUUGAAUAUGAAAUUGAGAGGUAUUAUGUAAGAACACUGGAUGUUUAGGUGAGCAAAUGUGGGGAGAAAAAAUCCUGAAAUGAAAUACUGUUAACCUUUUUUUUUUUAUUUCAGAGCACAUCUUCAUGACAGAAAUAUAUGCUGUGCAAUGUUUUUUUUUUAAUUGAAUAAAAUCUGAAAGAUCUAUAUGUGUCAGGAAUGGAGCCUUACUGGCAAGUGGCAACAAAGAGGCUGUAGUAGGAGGACUGUUGUCUUUCUGUAUUGAUUUUUCCAUUUCAGACCUCAAACCUCUUUGGAGAAUGACAUUGGCUGGAGGCCAUGUUUGACCUCAUUCUCCACCUACAUUGCUCUUUUAUAGACAGUUAAGCAUCAUGUAACGAUACUUUUAGCUCACAAAGAGCGGUCGAGCUAAUGGUGGCAUUGAUGUGUCUUUUUAGGGGACUAUCAUUGUUUCAAGGCAAUGCCGUCUCUUAUUUUGUCUUCUAUAAAUCCAUUAGAGCACACCGAGCUGUCUGCAGGGUGAAGUGUUGUUCACAGCACAGGGGGAGAAAUGUGAGGCAUUCCCAGCAUCAUUAAAACCUGAUGGAGAAAGAUGCAGCCUUUUACUGUAUCUCCAUUAGAGUCCCUCCACCCAGCUUUCUUAUCAUGCACUGCUCAGCUCUCUACUGUCAGGUCGACUCUGAUGCACUGCAGCAAAAUCACAGUUUACUUUUCCCAGUUUUGGGAACAGGCCACAGUUAGUAAGUGCAGCACAUGUGGGGAGAAGAAAAGGCACAUUCUUCUCUUGACGUUUCACGCAAUGGAAAGUUGGAGCAUUUUUCUGCGUGUGGAAAGCAGCUGGCUUAAGUUUGUCAGCGCUUUCUAUUUUAAAGACUCAGAUUUGUUCAUUUAAGUGAAUACUGGAUGAUUUCUGACACAUCUAGAUUGAGGAUGCCUCUCCAGAGAAAAGCAGAUUUAACUUAUUUUGGAAAAUUAAAAACAUUGUUGUCACAGAGACCACAGUAGACAGGAUUCACUGUUUAGGCCAUACAGUGCAGGUCAGACUAGUUUCAUUUUAUAAGAACUUUACAGCUAGUUUUUGUUGUCUACUUUAUGGCCACUUGGAUUUCAUGGAGACGUUUACAGGUUAUUUAAUUUCAGUGCUGUUUGCUUCAUUAGAAACAGAUGACUAUUGUGGAUUUUAAGGCCAAGUCUUUGACAGCCAUGAAAGGAAUUUGCACUUUUCUGUGAUUGGCCAACUGUAUCAGGGGUUUUACAGACAUUUCAAGAUUGAUUUAAAUACAUUUUAAGAACUAAUUUCAUUACAUAUAUUUGCCAAACAUGCUGACAUAAGGGUCUUUUUUUUCAACCUGACAAAAAUUACAGAAAGUUCAAGCAAGACAAGGCUCAACCCUCAAAGUGGCUGUGUGAAGAGAUGUAAAUUUUACCUUUCUUAAACACAUUCGGCUUUGACCUUGAACAUUAAUACCUGCAGUUUUUAUGACAUAUUGGACUAUUUACAAAUUAAGGAUGGCUAAUCAGACUUAUAAGUGAUGGUUUACUUGGAGGGGGGCACAGGGCCUAUUGACCCCAAGUAAAAACAGUACCCUGGCUGCUUUAUUAGUCAACAUACUGAACUAAAUAUCCCUUGGUUGCUCUUUUAGUGAUAAAUGUAAACAAAGUGCUCCUUUAGGUACUGUUUUUUUUUUUUUUUUUUAAUCAAUGUCAACAAAGCGCCCUAUAUUAGCCCUUUGAGUUAGUAACUGUUGUCUUGUGGCUAUUUUAGUGAAUAAACAUAAAUUGAGUACCCCCUUGUUGUCCCAUCUGGGGGAAAAUGAGAUAAAAUACCCCAAUUCUUUUUAAACCUGAUUUUAUGUUUGGUUGGUUUGCAAGGUCCAUGUCAUGAGAGCAAUGCUGUCAUAGUUUUUCCAGACUCUCAAUAAGUGUUUUUUUUGUUCCACCUCUACUCCCGAAACACCCAGAGUAUAUCACUGCAAAUAAGUUACUCUUUUGUAAAUCUGUCUUUAAUGUAAAUGAUUCAAAUGCCUUGUCAGAAAUCUGGCUGUAACCCUGGGGUGUGUUUCAUCUAAGUAAAAGUGUCCCUGCUCUGUAA